GCUAGUUUACUGGUUGUGAUAUUUAUAGGAAAUUAGUAAAGCUAUUGCCAUCCUUUAGGUGUUUGCUGGUGUUGGUAUACUGUAAGGCUUGGUUCCCUGCUCUGCUCUGCUGUACAUGCGCAUGAAUCUACUCUUGUUGUAUUCAUGUGUGCUAUGAGGAUUAUUCUAUUGGUUGAAUUGACAAUUACUAUAGCUCUUUGUAUCUGACUAUGCAACUUCAACGGGAUUAGUUGUUGGCAGCUUCUUGCUUCGGGAAGAUAACAUUGGGCAUGGAGUUCUUCACGGAAUAUGGGGAGGCAAGCCAGUAUCAGAUACAAGAGGUCAUUGGCAAGGGAAGCUAUGGAGUAGUUGCUGCAGCAGUAGAUACCCACACUGGGGAGCGGGUUGCGAUCAAAAAGAUAAAUGGCGUGUUUGGGCAUGUCUCGGAUGCCACCCGCAUACUGCGGGAAAUCAAGCUUCUUCGGCUGCUCCGCCACCCAAACAUAGUUGAGAUCAAGCACAUCAUGCUCCCCCCUACCCGAAGGGAGUUCAGAGAUAUUUAUGUUGUUUUUGAGCUCAUGGAGUCGGACCUAGAUCAAGUGAUCAAAGCAAAUGGGGACCUCACUCCGCAACAUCACCAGUUUUUCUUGUACCAACUUCUUCGUGCUCUCAAGUACAUGCAUGCAGCUAACAUAUUUCAUCGUGACUUAAAACCAAAAAAUAUACUGGCCAAUUCAGACUGCAAGCUAAAGAUUUGUGACUUUGGGCUUGCACGCGCAUCAUGUAAUGAUGCCCCCUCGGCUAUAUUUUGGACUGACUAUGUGGCUACAAGGUGGUACCGUGCUCCUGAACUAUGUGGUUCAUUUUUCUCCAAAUACACCCCUGCAAUUGAUAUUUGGAGCAUAGGGUGCAUAUUUGCUGAAGUUCUCACUGGAACACCAUUAUUUCCUGGGAGGAAUGUCGUGCACCAAUUAGAUCUAAUAACAGAUCUUCUUGGAACUCCAUCAUCCGAAACCUUAUCCCGGAUUCGCAAUGAGAAGGCAAAGUCAUAUUUAAUCGGUAUGCAGAGGAAAUAUCCUAAACCCUUUUCUCUUAAGUUUCAUAAUGCUGAUCCUCGGGCUCUGCGUCUUCUAGAGCGUUUACUCGCAUUUGACCCUAAAGAUCGACCUACUGCUGAAGAGGCUUUAGCUGAUCCAUAUUUUGGAGGACUUGCUAAGUUGAAACAUGAGCCUUGGUCACAUCCUAUUUCAAAGCUUGAGUUUGAAUUUGAGAGAAGGAAGCUAACGAAGGAUGAUGUAAGAGAUCUGAUUUAUCGAGAGAUUUUGGAGUACCAUCCACAGAUGCUUCAUGAGUAUAUCGAAGGUGGAGAACAAACUAGUUUCCUCUAUCCAAGCGGGGUUGAUCGUUUCAGACAGCAGUUUGCGCACCUUGAGGAGAACUAUAGCAGAGGAGAAGCAAGUACUCCACUGAGGAGACGACAUGCAUCUUUACCGAGGGAAAGAGUAUGUAUAUCAAAGGGUACCAAUAAUCAAGACUAUAGCAAUGAAAACAGGAGGACGGCAUCUUCUGUUAUCCGAACUGCCAUAAGCCCCCCAAUGUCACAAGAAGAGGGGCAGAAACAUGCAUCUGUUUAUCAAAAUGGCACAAACAUUCAGAAUUUCUGUUCAGCGUGCUACUUGAAGAAUGCUAGCACCAGUGCUUCCACUUGUGUUGUCAAAGGGAAUGAAGGCCUAGAGAAAAAUGGUAUCUCUGAGGACUUAGAAGAGAAGGUGGUCUAUGAAUUGUCAGACAGGCUAGCCAUGAUGCACUCCUAAGGCAGCAACGGCCAGCAGCUCCAAAUAUCAGUGCAGUAUUUCCUAUCAUGUACCAAGGAUCCCAGGUAUCACAGGAAUAUCCACCAGGAUGGGAAAUCAAAUAAAUCUUCAGCCAUCCACCAGUGCUCUCAAGUUUAGAUUAUGAGAAAACCUGAAGUUGUGAACCGAGGCAUAGCCCGGAUGGUUACCUGGUGCUGAUACCUGCUGUGACCCGCGAGAUCCCGAGUUCGAGUGCUAGCGCCCGCUCUCUCGUCUGUACACACCAAAAUACCAUCUAUUGAAUUGUUUGGAGGGCUUCUUACCCCCCAAAUCGCAUUUUUUUUUUAGAAAACCUGAAGUUUCAAACCAGUCAUUUAGAUUAUCGGAAAACAUGUAAUGAACCUCAGUGGCAAUGCCAAUACCGCAUUGAUCUACCUCAGACAUGGUACAUCCGGUGUAAACUGUGUGGAUGCACAUGAGAGCCAAGGCUCAGGAAUAUCAUGCAAUGUCAUAGCAUUCAGUUU